ACCGGAAUGUAUCGGCCGCUCUUCGAUUCUACAGCCAUGCUACGAACCGGCCUGAUGUUCUACCAACGGCAUAUUUCAUCGAAACCCUGUCUAAAUGGUUUCAGGUUUCCAAAAACAGAUCGAGGCAAAUGGCUUUGAGCAAAUCAAACUACCUCGUUUAUCAAGAGACGUUGCAGUUCCUCGAAUUUUUCAAAAACAUGAUUUUCGCUUUGGAAGUUGGUGAUAAGCGGCACUGGAAACCGUGGCAGGCAGCAAUAAUCCUUGCUACCAACUCUUUGUUAAGGUUGCAGGAUUUGUUUUUGAAUGUUAAGGGAUAUAGUUUUCUUCUGACAUCACGUUUCACACAAGAUUGUGUCGAAAAUCUGUUUUCUCAGAUUAGGAUCCGGCAGAAAAAGCCCACUGCAUUGCAGUUCAAAGGUUUCUUGAAGUCUGUAACAGUUUCGCAAUAUUUGACAGAGGUUCCUGGAUCUUCAUACGAUGCAGAUGAGAGGGAUUGGCUCAUAGAUUUUACAACAAAUGUGAAACAACUCAAAGAAAACAAAUCUGUUCAGAUGCAGAAGUCGAAACCUGUUAUCAACGAGCUAACUAAAUUAGGAAAGCAGGCAGCAUUAGGUAGAAUGAACGCUUCAGAGAAGAACGUAGUUUAUCACUUAGCUGGUAUGAUAGUUCAUAAAGUGGCAAAGCAUGGUGCGGUAUGUCAUCAGUGCAUUGAAAAAUGCUUAGCGACUGAGCCAUAUAUUUCCGACUACAGUAAACUGACAAUUACUAAAGAUUUCACAGGUCAAGCAUUAGUUUACGUGAAUGAAGAAACCUUUAUUUAUUUCUUGAAAUUAGAAAUAGUAUUCAGAAGUGAGUUGGAAAAUUUGAAUAACGAAAACGUAUUUGAUACUAUUGAAUCGCAACUCAUACAUAUUCCAGCUGCACAUUUGAUACCAUGCCAUGAUUUGAAAAGAAAACUGUUGAGAAGAUUUUUGUUCUUCCGUUUGAAAAUUCAUCAGCCAAAAAAGGUGCAUAAGAAUAAAUUCGACAGUAGGUCCAUGGCCGUUUAAUAACAACCCGUUAAACAGUAAAUAACAGUUUAUUUUCCGUUGUAUAAACAUUAAUUACAAUUAAAAAAAUACUCAUUAACUAGUUGCAUCACAGACACCUGUUGUUUUAUUCAAUUCUACCUUAAACUGUUAAGCAAUUAAUUUUCACACUCCAUCUGAUUAGAACUAGGAAGCUUGCACUUGUACACUUGAGAAGGUAAGCAGCAAAGUGGUGUAAAUGACAAGACCUAGUUUUGAGAAAAUUGAGUUUAAA